CUUUCAAGACCCCAUCUCAGACAAAGGGGAAGCGCCAACAAGAGCAUCAGAAAGCUCGGCCGAACCUUUCUCUACCGCCAGUGUGUGAACAAAGACAUGGAGUCUGUGCCGGAUGCAUCGUAAGAUCCCACUGCUUUGUGAUGUGAGCUUCUGGGGGGCUACAAUAAAAAUGCAAGUGAUUCCCCAGGUUUCAGUUACUCUUGGUCUUCAGUGAAUGUUGCCUCGUUUCCUCAACAAGACCAAUCAAGUCAACAAAAUUGUGCGUUUUCAUCCCAUCUUCUCGCACAUAGCCGAGAAUCAUCAUCCCUUACACAGCGCAACAUAACCAUCACUACCCCAUCACCCUCCACUUACCCCCUUAAAAACCUCAAGAUGCCUCGCGUAACCAGGAGCUCCGCCAAAAACGGCCCAGGGCUGUUCGACUUCAUCGGCGUCGCUAUCGCAAAUGGAAACGUCAAGUACGAUAUCCCCGAGCAAUACCAACACCUCUUGCCGUCCCACCUCCAAGACGCCAACGACGAGACAGCCGCAGCCGCAGAACCAGAACCUCUCAUCAUCCGCUCAAGCGCAAGGGGUACAUACGUAGAAAAUGGCAUCAACAAAAAAGCCGCUGCCAUUGCCGAGAGGGCUAACAAGAUCGCCGCUGCUGCCUCUGCCCACGCUACCAAGGUCAUGACAGCCAGGCAGGGCAAGGGCGGCUUGGAUAUCAAUAUUGUGUUGCCUGUUGGGGGUGGGGGUGUGGGUGUUAGUGUUGGUAAGGGCAAGAUGCUUGCUGGCAAGAAGGGUGCCGCCGAUAAGGGGGGGAAGAACAAGAAGAGGAAGUUGGAGGUGAUUGAGGAGGAACAGGACGAUGAAGAGCAAAAUGAAGAUAGUGCAGCAGAGGAGAAGGGCGAGGAGGAGGAUGAGGAGUAUGUUCCUGAUGGGAAGCCUUCGGCGAAGAAGAAGCAGAGGAGAAGUGCGAAGGCUACGACCACUAAGAAGCAGAAGGUGGUUAAAGCUGCUGCGAAGAAGGGGGGUAGGGGUGGGAAGAAGAAGGUUGUGGAUGAGGAGGUGACGCCCGAACCUGCGGCUGAGGCUGAGGCUGAGGUUGGAGCUUCUGAGAAGAAGGAAGAGGUUGAGAAGGGAGGGGAGGAGGAGAACAAGGUUGAGAAGACUGUUGAGCUUGAGGUGGCUGUGGUGGCUGUGGUGGAGGGUAACCAGGGCGAGGAGGAGGAGAAGAAGGGAGAGGACGGUGAUGGAGACGGAGAUGGGGAUUAUGAGCAGCAGGAUCGCAACCUUGAUGCUGAACCUGAGGAGUGAGUGAUGAGGCAUUCGGUUUUCUCUUAUUUGGUUUGUAAAAGGGUGCUUCGUUACAGUAUAGGGAGGCUGGUUCCUCGAGUAUAAGUAUAUUGGUUUGGUGUUUUGUACAAGCUCGUUGAUUGUUAUAUAAGCUCACGGGUGAUGAUGUGAAGGUUGUCUAUG